GGACCCUCCGCGCCCCUUCCCCCGGCACGGCGCCCUGAGGAGAGCCCGCCGCCGCCCCCGCUCCUCUCCCCUUCACACCUACCACAGCCCCCCGCCCGCCCUCAGCAGCACGCCCACCCCCAGCACCCCUCCACCCCACCCGCCAGACCCCCGCCUCCCCGCACGCGUUCCCUCUGCCCACCCCCGCCCCGGUCCGCACACGCCCACCCCCGUCCCCUGCCCCUUCCCCAGAGCCAGACCCGCGCCGUGCCGGGCAGAACCCCCCACUGCUGCCGCCACCGCCUCCUCUCCCUGGGGCUGCGCUGACCUCCGCGCUCUCCUUACCGCCGCCGAGGAGGAACCCCCUCAACAAAGGAGGGGGAGCAGCGAAAGGCGGGGGACACACACACGCCCGGCCGCUCCGUCCGGAUGCGGUGAGCUCCCCGCUUCGCCUCCAGGGCCGCGUCAGCGCGGGAGGGAAGAAGAGGAGAAGCGGCGGCUCUCCGGCGGCGCGGCGCGGCUAGCUGCCACCAUGGGCUGCUGUACGGGGCGCUGCACGCUGAUCUUCCUCUGUUCCCUGCAGCUGCUGGCAGCAUUAGAGAGACAGAUCUUUGACUUCCUUGGUUUCCAAUGGGCUCCUAUCCUUGGCAAUUUCCUACAAAUAAUAGUUGUCAUUUUGGGUUUGUUUGGAACCAUCCAGUUUAGGCCUCGAUAUAUAGUCGUGUACACGGUGUGGACUGCCCUGUGGGUCACCUGGAAUGUUUUCAUUAUCUGCUUCUAUUUGGAAGUAGGCGGACUUUCUAAGGAAACGGAUCUCAUGACCUUUAACAUCUCAAUGCAUCGCUCCUGGUGGCGGGAACAUGGUCCCGGCUGCAUACGAAGGGUGGUGCGUCCUUCUGCCCCUGGCAUCCUAGAUGAUUACUCCUACGUCUCCGUGACGGGCUGCAUAAUUGAUUUCCAGUACCUAGAGGUCAUUCACAGCGCUAUCCAAAUACUCCUCUCUCUGAUUGGAUUUGUGUAUGCCUGUUACGUGAUCAGUAUUUUCAUGGAGGAGGAGGACAGCUGUCGAAGUAAGUAAUGAACACGGACUCAAGACUUCUGCUGUAGCUGAAGAAACAGAUUUUAGAAGAAAAGACCAACCUUGUGACUCAUCGUUCCGGAAGAAACCCACCAUCCGUUUCUCACGGCAUGUGGAUUGUUCUUCCCACAGGCUCAGUGUUAUUAUCAGCGUUGUUAUUUCGUAGAUCCUUGUAGAUGAUCUUGAAUUUUUGAAUAAUUUACUUAUAUGGACACUUGUAAAUUGUAAAUUUUUUCUUUUUUAAUUUCAAUAUUUUUACAACACUUAGUGUUAAGGCAUGAAAACAAAACCUGUGAAAACUAGGAGAAGGCUGCAUCUUUCUCAAAAAAGUCAGUAUUUUUUGACUGAUAGAAUCAUACUGUGCCUGGUCAAGAUUGUGUCAGUAAACAGUAAUUCUGACUCCAAAAUAUGCAGCAGGAGUCAAACCCUGACAGUGUACAAGAGAUCAUUUCAGUGCUGUACUUAGAAUUCACGAUGUCCACUCCUUGCAUUGUUUGAACUGCUGUGUGCAGUAGGAAUUGAUCUGUGACUCUUCUUACCCAGAUGUUCCAGCACUAAUGUACUCAUCUAAUUAUUGCAAUUCAUAUGUGGCUCCUUCUCCCUCCCUAACCUCUUUUGCCCUCAGCCCAUUGCCAGUAGCUGUCUCUGAUUUGGAGAGUAGGACAACCGCUCUGUGGAUGUUGGUCUCUAGGAACCCUUACAUCCAGGGCUCUUUAGAUGUCUGUGAUUUGCACAUUUUUGAACUCUUUUCCUCCCUUCUCCCAGGAAGAAGCCAAGCAUGAAUGUACAGUACAAGGCACCAAUUGCAGCCUUAGGAGCCGCUGGGGACUAAUUUUGCUCUUAAUUCAAAAGUAAACAAGCAAACCUGAAAAUGUGUGUAAAAAUUUGUAAAGUUAUUUGUAAAUACUUCUAGACAAAGAACAUGUAUGUAACUCUGUGGUAUUUUGUUUUCUAUUCUGUCUCCACUAGCAUAAAGUGAUACACAAAGCUAUUUUCUCUGGGGAACUGGCAAUCUUUUUAACAGAACACUUUCUUUCUUUCUUCUUAAUUACUAUACAAAGUGCUAUGCACAGUUGUAUGCCCCAGAGUGUUACAUCUCUCCACAGAGCCUAUGUGCCUCAACAUUCAGUGGAAACUUCAUCAGGGUUUUGGGGCUGUUUCUGAUUUUGUGCUUUCUCAUUUUAUGGUUUCUUUGGUGGGACUGUCAGGAAGGAUAUUCCUUCUGAUAUGUGUAUCUCUACCUCUCCACCAAAAGCUGAACAGAGGUCCACUAAGUUCUUUCAUAAAUAUCCUAAACAGUCUUCAGCUGGUAAUUUCUGGUCCAACAACAUUUAGAUCCUCAAUUUGCAGCCUUCUCUUGAACCAUGUAUUUUCAAGUCUGAGCAAAUGAGAGCUAAAAGAAGGUUUGUCUUGAUUCUUUCCCUUCUGAAGUCUAUUUGCAUUAUUUAUUAACACAAACCUAAAUACAAGGGAGGUAGAGUCUAUCAUUUUUAGGUGACAAGGUUCUUGUGGUGCAUCCACCUGUUUCCCAGCUAGUUAAAUCAAAGACCUCACUGUCUUUGGAGAAAACACAACCUGAACAUAGGUUAACCUUCGCUGAAACCAGGUAUGAAGUAAGUGUUAAGACAAAGUUGACAGAAAUGACAACUGAAUAAAAGCCUUUCUUAGUAUUCCUAGGACCGGAUAUACCUCAAAUGGUAUGUCUGUGUGUGUGAUGGCAGACUGUGCCAAAAAGAGGAAUGCUUUGUAUGAAGAUUAUGCCAUCUGUCCUCGUGUAUUUGUGUGUUCCCUCAUACACUCUUUUCCCCUAUAUUCUACAAUACUGCAAAGCACCAGGUUUGUCACACCCUGAAGACCUCAUCUGAGCAUUAAAAAACGGUAGUUUAUCACAAAACUAGUAUGACUAAUAUAAUUUUUGAGGCAUCAUGAAGAAGAUACAGUGUGAAUUGCUUUGUAGCUGUAAUAUUUUAAUAAGGCAAAAACAUUUUUUUCUACUUCUGUAAUAUUUUACUUCUGCUUAACACAAUGGAUUAUUUUAUUUCUUUACAUGAUGCCUUAAACAGUGAUGAUGUCUACCUAGCCAGUGCCUGCAGCCUUCUGUGUUCAUGAUGGCUCCAGAACUUGGGAGGUGGGGCACCAUCCACUGAGCACCAUUCAGUGUCUGACGGUUGCCAGAAGCUGAUUCACUUCAACUUUCUCGAGUACAGGGAUAGCCCAGGACAUGGACAUCCAGCACAACGAUUCCUGUGACCAACACUGUUCCCAUUUUGGCUUUACAUUUCAGCAUUAAUUUCCUGACGUUAAUUAUUACGUGCUGGCAAAUUAAAGGCCUCCAACUGAGCCCAGUGCUGCCCUCGGGAAGGGAAAGGAAGGGGAAGGGGAAGGGGAAGGGGAAGGGGCGCUACAUCCCUGCCGGUUGCACAGAUUCACACUCUGUUCUGGCAGAGCUUUGGAAGCGUCUAUUUAAUUUUCUACCAAGACAGAGAUGUCUGCUAGACCAUGUUUUACAAAUUUGUCUGAAUGUGUCGAAACCCUACCUUUCUGUGGGUCCUUCAGGUUUUCAGCUUGCUAUUAAAGAAUUGCAUACACACCACAAAAAUUCUGCAAGGACAGAACCUGACUUCUCUUCCAUCUGAAAUAUCGAUCACUUUUUAGCUGCGGAACACAAACUAGUAUAGCCCAAAUAUGCUUAAAAUCUCAGAAUCGUUACCAAUACAGCGAGUCUGCCAUCUGUCUCACUUAAUGAGCAGAACGAUCCUGAUUGAGAGGAAUUUGUCUUCAUUAGAACAAGCCAAAAUGCACACUGCAAUGCUGAGGGAAACUGUCGUUCUUUUCUAAAUUGAGACACAAAAAAUAGCACCAAUCAAUCUGUACGUGUUGGGGAAAAAAACCUUGAGAAUAAUAAAUGGAUUUGAAUGUUAAUUGCUGUGUCCUCCAAUACACUAGAACACAUUGGCUAACAUUUUUGUAGGAAGCCUUGAGCAAUAAUUCCUUUAUUUUUGCAACACAUACUUUCAGUAAGGUCUUAGGAGAGCUCCAGAUCAGCCAGCCACAUAGGAAAUAAGUGUGGGCUUUCUAAAUAAACUUGGAUAGUUUUCCUAAGCUUAACUGUAACAUGCAAUUUCAGGAAAUUACCAGGUUUGUACUGCAAAACAGAAUUUGCUGACAGUCUUAAAAACUCAGAGUAGAUUAUCAGUUGGUAUAAACU